CUCUCAGUGUUAACUCGCGAGCCAACGCAAUAGCCUCGUAUACAUAUUUAUACUUUAAAAAAAAAAGAAACAUUAACGCUUCGUUUUGCUACUUCGUUAUAUUAACGAAAAGAAAAACAACGUAACACGAGUGUCUCCCUCCGAUAGUGUGCCCUACAUACCGAGUAUCGGGAGAAUCUUCGCUGCAGAGGUUUUGCAGCUGCAGCAUCGACGACGACACUUGAGUGAUUUUCUCGUUAUAGAUAUAUAUAUUUGUCCCCCUCCCCACGUUUAAAGUGAAGACGCGCAAGAAAUAUAUACGUAUAUACGAUCACCCAGUUUCAAUUUUGAUACCAAUCGGAAGUAAGAAGAAGAGGAAGAAGAGAACACAGCAGCAGCACGAUGGCCAUCAAGGGUUGUAGCAGCAGCAGCAGAAGGUCGAGCUUUUUGCUGGCGGCGACGCUGCUCGUUAGCUUCUGCGCGACACGUGCCACCGCUUCCUCCAUUCCCAUGUGGGAGUUCCUCACGAGGGACGAAAAGAUGAAUCAUCUCUACCGCGUCUUCAGCCAGGAGGUGGUCAGAUUCUGCGACGAGUCGUUCAAGCCCGACUGCAGCAAGAGCCUGCUGUUGACCGGCCUGAGAUAUCUGGCCAAUCUCGAGGACGAUCGUCUCGACGAGAUGGAUCCCUUCCAGCGUGGCGCCAAGAAAAUCAUUUGGCGCGAGCUGAUCGGCGCCAGCGAAGACGUCAUCGCCAGCCCCAAGAAUAACAACAACAACAACAACGAUAACAAAGAUCAUCUCUCGGCCAACAGACCGGGCCAGCAACAGCAAUACCAUCAGCAGCCCAUCCAAUCCAACGACUAUCUGGAAGAUCCACUAGCUUUCGGUGACAGCAAUCACUUGGCCGCCGAGGAGUCCUCGUUCAACGCCGAUUACGCUAGCCCGCCGAGCACCUACCUGUCGGACGGACCCUGGGCCGUGCGCGUCCUGCCCGACGGCAGUCCCGUGCCCGAGGACAGAUCCUCAUCCUCGUCGUCUCCUUCCGUUGUUUCGUCGUCGUCGCAUCCCACGAGCCCCAGAGACGAGGACAUCGAGGAUCUGCGCGCCGAUGCGAGGCCGGCCUUCCACGAGCUCGAGGCCUACAACGAGAUCAAGAGUCCGGCGCGCGAGAUGAUGCCACCCGCGAUGCCACUGAUCAGACAGCCACCUGUUAAGAAGAGCAGCCGCUUCAUCGCCGUCGUGCCGAUGAGCCGGAGAGGCAGCUACGUUUACUAUCACCCGGCGGUCGCCCGAGUCAUCAGGCCGAUUUAUUACCAGUCGAUUUACUAGAUCGAACGACGAUCGAAAUAAAUUACAUGUGCGCGUGCGUGUGUGUAUAUAAAUACGAACGAUUGACGCGAGGCGCGUGCCAAUUGUCAAAGACUGAAUAUUGUUGUUGUCGUUGCUUUUUUUUUUCUCGUCAAACGAAAAAAAAAGAAGAAACAAAUCAUGUAACGACAUAUUACAUACGUACGGCGCACAGUCUCGUUUUGUUUUCUUCCUCGAGACGUUAAUAAUUGUACAAAGUUAUCAAAGGUAAAUAAUCUUAAGGACCUGCUGUUGUAUAUUUGGUAUGAAACUUUUUUGAGUGUGUAAAUAGCGUAAUAGGGAAUCGACGUUGUAAAUAUUUCACGGCCAUUUACUCCUUCAUUUUAUUAUCGUAUUGUUUCUCUCGUCGCUCUCUCGAGUGCCGAGAACUGCUAGCACAUAUGCGUAUUAAGAUUUAUCAUUGUAUAAUGGCAAAUAUUCGCUUCCUGAAGCACAGAAGCUCACGUGUGAAGUGUGCCUGCAUAGCAUGUAUGAAUGUAUGUAUUGAGCUCCACACACACAGGCUAACAAGAGGCCUCCUAUGUCGACGCGUGUGCAGCAUGUUUUUUUUUUUUUUUAAGUACGGCCGCGCCAAGUAGCGUUCGCGUAUUAUACAAGUAUGAAAUAUUUCGUUUAUUACAAGUGCCCCCCGAGUCAACGAUCCUCGACGGCGAUAUCGCUUAAAUACAUUGUGUGUAUAUCGCUGCCGGCGCUGAGGUUUUGGACGCGCCGUUCUCGCGUAAUGACUCAUUGUGUUGUUUUGCGAUUUUCAAGAUCAAGUAUAAAAUAUAGCAGCCGCCGCUCUCGCGAACCUGAAUUUUUUUUUUCAUCAUUUUUUCUUCCUCGUUAAUUAAGUGCGAAAUAUGUGCUCGUUCUGUCUGUGUGCGUGUGUGUGUGUGUGUGUGUGUGUUUGCGAGAGUCCAUUGUUUCCACGCGCGCGCCCGAGAGUGCCCGAUACAUACACACACGUGAAUUUAUCGAUUUCCCGAUUUUACUGGGGCACUUUACGGGUUUUCGUUCUUCUCUUUCGCUCGCUCGCGGGCCAGCAACGGGACGUCUCGCUCGCAGAACGAGAGCGUGCACGCAUACACUUAACUCUAUAACUGCGUAUGUGUGUGUAUGUGUGCGUACCGAAACUAUCGAAACGCAUUCCGGACACGAGUCUAUGAAUUUUUUUUUAUUUUUUACCACUAGCUCGAAGCUAUUCGCGAGUGGGUGCGUAUAGCUAUAUGUAUCAAUAGAGUCGAACUUCUAUAUAUAUCGUUACUGUACUAUAUAUUUGCACCGUCAAUGCGAGUAGAGCUCUGAAAAACCCGACUAGCUUUUUUUUUUCUUCCUGUAAGCUGCAACUGAUUUUUCGCACGCAAAUUGCAAAGAACACGGCAGCGAAGAAAAACGUGAACGUACAGUGUAAUCCAACGAAUGAUUCGCGCACUCUGGCUAAGUGCUUAGAUGAUUGUUGCAGUGCGCGAGAGAGGCAAGUCCGUGUGUGUGUGUGUAUUCGUCGCACUCUAAAAGCUUGCGAGGCGCUUCUAGUGUAAUUUUAUUUUUUAUUUUUUUUUCCUAUUUUAUUUUUACCACUUCAUUGUGCAUAUAUGCGAACGCGAUGAUUGACUCAUUUGCUAUUGCUGUACGUUCAUAUAGUGUCUAAGUGUAUGCGUGUGAGCGUGUGUGUAAGUUGGAUGUGAAUUGAUGUUCGAUUGUCCGCGGUUGAUGAUGUCAUUAACAUUUCAUGCCGAUCGUAUUACUAGCUAAUAUAUCGUUUGUAGCAAUUGCGAAAACAAAAAAACAAAAGGAAAAAAAAACCACAAUAAUAUUAUUUUGUAAAUAUCAUCAUCGAUUGUUACAUCGCGACCUUCUUCAUUUUUGCUUUAUUGAUAAAUAAUAAGAUUAUUAGUAGUUUUAAAUCAUUCGCUUUAUUGCUCAUCGUGUCGAUGCGCAACGCUAAUUUAUUAUUAUUAUUAUUAUUUAUAAGCCGAUCGCCCGAAUCGCCCGAUGCGAUUUAUAAUAAUGAAAAAAUGAAAAAAAAAAAAUAAAAUAAAAGAUACAAAAACAAAUACGAA